GGAGGUCAUGUUCGCUCCUUAGCCGGCAAACGACUUUUCUCCUCUCCUCCUCGCCCCGCAUGUUCAGGACCAAACGAUCUGCGCUCGUCCGGCGUCUCUGGAGGAGCCGUGCGCCCGGCGGCGAGGACGAGGAGGAGGGCGCGGGGGGAGGCGGAGGAGGGGACCUGCGGAGUGAAGGGACGACGGACGGCCGGGCGCAUGGGGCCGGUGGCGGCGGCGCGGGCAGGGCUGGCUGCUGCCUGGGCAAAGCGGUCAGAGGUGCCAAAGGUCACCACCAUCCCCAUCCCCCAGCCGCGGGCUCCGGCACGGCCGGGGGCGCCGAGGCGGAUCUGAAGGCGCUCACGCAUUCGGUGCUCAAGAAACUGAAGGAGCGGCAGCUGGAGCUGCUGCUCCAGGCCGUGGAGUCCCGCGGCGGUACGCGCACCGCAUGUCUCCUGCUGCCCGGCCGCCUGGACUGCAGGCUGGGCCCGGGGGCACCCGCCAGCGUGCAGCCCGCGCAGUCGCCCUCGUCCUACUCGCUCCCCCUCCUGCUGUGCAAAGUGUUCAGGUGGCCGGAUCUCAGGCAUUCCUCGGAAGUCAAGAGGCUGUGUUGCUGUGAAUCUUACGGGAAGAUCAACCCCGAGCUGGUGUGCUGCAACCCCCAUCACCUUAGCCGACUCUGCGAACUGGAGUCUCCCCCUCCUCCUUACUCCAGAUAUCCGAUGGAUUUUCUCAAACCAACUGCAGACUGUCCAGAUGCUGUGCCUUCCUCCGCUGAAACAGGGGGAAUGAAUUAUCUGGCCCCUGGGGGGCUUUCAGAUUCCCAACUUCUUCUGGAGCCUGGGGAUCGGUCACACUGGUGCGUGGUGGCAUACUGGGAGGAGAAGACGCGAGUGGGGAGGCUCUACUGUGUCCAGGAGCCCUCCCUGGACAUCUUCUAUGAUCUACCUCAGGGGAAUGGCUUUUGCCUCGGACAGCUCAAUUCGGACAACAAGAGUCAGCUGGUGCAGAAAGUGCGGAGCAAAAUUGGCUGUGGCAUCCAGUUGACACGGGAAGUGGAUGGCGUGUGGGUGUACAACCGCAGCAGUUACCCCAUCUUCAUCAAGUCCGCCACACUGGACAACCCGGACUCCAGGACGCUGUUGGUACACAAGGUGUUCCCCGGUUUCUCCAUCAAGGCUUUCGACUAUGAGAAGGCAUACAGUCUGCAGCGGCCCAACGACCACGAGUUCAUGCAGCAGCCGUGGACGGGCUUCACCGUGCAGAUCAGCUUCGUGAAGGGCUGGGGCCAGUGCUACACCCGCCAGUUCAUCAGCAGCUGCCCGUGCUGGCUGGAGGUCAUCUUCAACAGCCGGUAGCCGUGUGGGGAGAGGACAGAGCGUGAGCCGAGCAGGCCACAAUUCAAACUACUUUGCUGCUAAUAUUUUCCUCCUGAGUGCUUGCUUUUCAUGCAAACUCUUUGGUCGUUUUUUGUUGUUGUUGUUGUUUUCCUUCUUGUCAUUUUGUUUGUGUUCUGUUUUGUUCUUUGAGAAAUAGCUUAUGAAAAGAAUUGUUGGGUUUCUUUUGGCGGGGGCGGGGGUUGGGGGAGCAUAAGCAUGGUUGGCAGGACACCCCAUAGCAAAGGGAGAAGCAAAAAAUCAGAGCACCAUCAAACAGUGUGUGAAUGGAAGCAGUCCCUGAAUUUUUUGAGUCAUCAUUUCACUUGUCAAGGAGUGUAUGUGUGAGUGAGCGUGCAUGGCUGUGAGUGUGUGCACACAUGUGCAUGAAUGACAGAUGGGACAAACGAUGAGCUCUUCCUGUUUCUUUUUCUUUUUUUUUUUUUUUUCUGAGACAGAGCCUCAAGCUAUUGCCCUGGGUACAGUGCCGUGGCAUCACAGCUCAUAGCAACGUCCAACUCCUAAACUCAACCGAGUCUCCUGCCUCAGCCUCCCAAGUAGCUGGGACUAAGGCGCCCGCCACAACGCCCGGCUGUUUUUUGGUUGCAGCCAUCAUUGUUGUUUGGCAGGCCCUGGCUGGAUUCAAACCCGCCAGCUCAGGUGUAUGUGGCUGGCGCCUUAGCUGCUUGAGCCACAGGCCCUGAGCUCUCUUUGUGUUUCUUAUGGAUGUUCCCAGCUGAGAGGUUUUUGGCCUCAUGCUGUGUCUCUCUUGCCCUUUGGAUAUGCUCAGUGGGGCAGAGGCAGUACCUGGGCAAGCUGGCCACGGGAGUCCCAGCAGCUGCCAGAAGCAUGGCUCUGUAGCCUAGGGAAGCCCCCACCCAACUGCUCCCCCUCCUAGGACACAGGCCUAUCCACAGGCUUCUGAGAAGCGAGCCUGCUAGCAGCUGAACCAGAACCAAUUGUUUUCAUCCUUGUCUUACUUCCCUCCUGCCAUUGUAGCGUCUUUCUUUUUUGGCCAUCUGCUCCUGGUUGUCUCUGAGAUGGGCUUCCCGAGGGCUGCCGGGGCAGCCUCGGCACAAUAUUGCUCACUCAGUGCUCUUUCAGGCCCUCAGCCUCUCCCCUGCCCCGGUUAUUUAGAAAACCAGCUCAGCACUUCCCCCCACUUCCAGCCUGCAUGUUGAGCUCUGCCAUUAGACCACCGGCGGGGGCACUCCUGGGAGGGACAUGCUUAGCAGUCCCCUUCCCUUCCUCCAAGAAGGAUUUGGUCUGUCAUAACCCAAGGUACCAUCCUAGGCUGACACCUAACUCUUCUUUCCUUUCUUCUACAACUCAUACACUCGUAUGAUACUUAGACACUGUUCUUAGCUCAAUGAGCAUGUUUAGACUUUAACAUAAGCUAUUUUUCUAACUACAAAGGUUUAAAUGAACAAGAGAAGCAUUCUCAUUGGAAAUUUAGCAUUGUAGUACUUUGAGAGAGAAAGGACUCCUGAAAAAAACCCCUGAGAUUUAUUAAAGAAAAAAAAUGUAUUUUAUGUUAUAUAUAAAUAUAUUAUUACUUGUAAAUAUAAAGACGUUUUAUAAGCAUCAUUAUUUAUGUAUUGUGCAAUGUGUAUAAACAAGAAAAAUAAAGAAAAGAUGCACUUUGCUUUAAUAUAAAUGCAAAUAACAAAUGCCAAAUUAAAAAAGAUAAACACAAGAUUGGUGUUUUUUUCUAUGGGUGUUAUCACCUAGCUGAAUGUUUUUCUAAAGGAGUUUAUGUUCCAUUAAACGAUUUUUAAAAUGUA